AUGCAACGCCGGGCAACGGCACACGCGAGGUCAAUGAUUACACCUAUGCUUAUGUCAGGCAAUCCCUCCGGCAAGCUCUGCCGAAGCGCGCUCGAGGAUGAUUUGUCGACACCACAUUCGCUACAAGUGACUCAGCCUCCACAACUGAGCUGGACUGUUGCCUAG